GACGGCGUGGCAGGCACAGCAGGGCAGCGAGCCUGCUAAGGAGAGCGCCAUGCAGCCCAACUGGAGGGAGAUCGUCAACAGGAAGCUGAAGUUCCCGCGGGGGCUGCUGAGCGCCAUCCAGGACGGGAACCUGCCCAUGGUGCAGCAGCUGCUGCAGGUGGGCGAUGGCAUCCUGCGGCAGCUGGACGAGACCGAGGACCGGGCAUGGCGGGAAGCCCUCAACCUGGCCAUCCGUGCGGGCGGGGAGGAAGUGGCCAAGUCCUUGCUGCGCUACGUCAAAUUCGACUUCCGCCAGGUCCACGAGGCCCUGCUGGUGGCCGUGGACACCAACCAGCCCCGCGUGGUCAAGCUGCUGCUGGACCGGCUGAACCAGGAGAAGGGACUCAAGAUGGACCUCAAGUCCUUCUCACUGGCCUUCUUCGACAACACCAUCGACGCCUCCCGCUUCGCGCCCGGCGUGACGCCACUCACCCUGGCCUGCGAGAAGGACCUCUACGAGAUCGUGGACAUGCUGACGCAGAAAGGCCACACCAUCUCUCACCCCCACCGCGUCUCCUGCCCCUGUCUGGAGUGCACCAACGCCCGCCAGUACGACCUGCUCAAGUUCUCCCUCUCCCGCAUCAACACCUAUAAGGGCCUCGCCAGCCGGGCCUACCUCUCGGUUGCCAGCGAGGAUGCCAUGCUUGCUGCCUUCAAGCUCAGCCGUGAGCUCAAGCGCCUCUCUCGCAAGGAGCCCGAGUUCAAGCCCGAGUACCUGCGCCUGGAGCAGCUGAGCAGGAGUUUCCUGGAGCAGCUGGGCCAGGAGUUCGCCUUCGAGCUGCUGGGGAUGUGUCGCAACCAGAGCGAGGUGGCGGCCGUGCUCAACGACCUGGGGGACAGCAGCGAGGAGGAGGAUCUGGGCAGCCAGGCCUUCGAGGAGGGCAUCCCCAACCUGGCCCGGCUCCGCCUGGCCGUCCAUUACGACCAGAAGAGGUUUGUCGCGCACCCCAUCUGCCAGCAAGUGCUGUCAUCCAUCUGGUGCGGGAACCUGUCCGGCUGGCGUGGCAGCAACACCCUCUGGAAGCUCUUUGUCUCCUGCUCCAUCUUCCUUACCAUGCCCAUCCUGUGCCUGCUCUACUGGGUUGCUCCCAAGUCCCGGGUGGGCAAAAUGCUGAAGAUCCCAGUGAUCAAGUUCCUCCUGCACUCCGCCUCGUACCUCUGGUUCCUGGUCUUCCUGCUGCUGGAGUCCGUGGUGCUGGAGCGCAAGCACAAAGACUUCCUGGGCCGGAGCCAGACCUUGUGGGGCAACUCCUGGCACAUGAUCUGGGUGGCAGGCUUCUUCUGGUACGAGUGCAAGGAGGUGUGGAUCGAAGGGCUGCGCAGCUACCUGCUCGACUGGUGGAACUUCCUGGACAUCGUCACGCUCAGCAUGUACCUGGCCUCCUUUGUGCUGCGGGUGCUGGUCUCCGUGAUGGGCCGGUACCACUGCUGGGACGCCCCCUCCUCGCCCGAGUGCUACUACUUCACCAAAGCCGGGCGCCAUGAGUGGCAUGCCGAGGACCCCCAGUUUGUCGCCGAGGUGCUGUUUGCAGUGACCAGCAUGCUGAGCUUCACCCGUCUGGCUUAUAUCCUGCCGGCCCAGGAGUCACUGGGGACCCUGCAGAUCUCCAUUGGGAAGAUGAUCGAUGACAUGAUCCGGUUCAUGUUCAUCCUGAUGAUCAUCCUCACUGCUUUCCUGUGUGGGCUCAACAACAUCUACGUGCACUACCAGGAGUCCGAGCGGCUGGGCAACUUCAACGAGACGUUCCCGUUCCUGUUCUGGACCAUGUUCGGCAUGGAAGAACACCGCGUGGUGGACAUGCCCCGGGUCCUCGUGGCCCAGUUUGUGGGCCGGGCGCUUUACGGCAUCUUCACCAUCGUUGUGGUCAUUGUCCUCCUCAACAUGCUCAUUGCUAUGAUCACCAACUCCUUCCAGAAGAUCGAGGAUGAUGCCGACGUGGAGUGGAAGUUUGCCCGCUCCAAGCUCUAUCUGUCCUACUUCCGGGAGGGCCUGACACUGCCUGUGCCCUUCAACGUCAUUCCAACCCCCAAGUCCCUCUUCUACAUGGUCAGGGGCGUCUUCCAGUUCAUUUGCUGCUGCAAAGCCAAGAAGCAGCAGGACUGUCCCUCGAUCCCCACCAUUGCUACCUCAGCCCUGGACGACAACAUCCUACAGGGAGAGAGCCGUGGCUCCUACAGGCUGCAGGUGCUCAAGGCCUUGGUGCAGCGCUACAUCGACACGGCCAGGCGGGAGUUUGAAGAGAGCAGGAGGAAAGACCUGGGAAACCGCAUCACAGAGCUGAACAAGUCCAUGCUACACCUGCAUACAGAGGUGGAGCACCUGAAGAAUGGGCUGGCUGCCAGCCGCACCCCCACCAGCCCCCCAGCCGCAGCCAGCAUGCUGCACGGCUACAUCCUCAGAGUCCGUGACACCCUCCACAAGCUCAACCAGGAUGCACCUGGCUCUGGGGAGGCCUCGCCUGUCAAGGUGAUGGUGCACCAGGACGGGGCUCCCAGCACUGGGGGCACCUGCCCUGAGGACACAACACUGCCUGGGGAGGACAGCCAACCAGCAGAGCCAGCGUCUCCGGCUCCCUUCCAGCAGGAGGAUGGGGGAAGCUGACUCCGCUCCCAGCCAUGCCCAGUAGCUGUCAGUGGGUCCCUCCAAGCUUUUGUAGUAGCAU